GACCAGCGGUAUAUAAAGCGGAGCAGCCGGGCGGGUCCGCUACCUCGCUUGCUCGCUCUUGGCUGUUUUUCUCUGCGCUCACCUUGCGCUCGAGACUCGGGCCGGAACGUGCAAAGAUGCAGCUGAAGCCGAUGGAGAUUAACCCCGAGAUGCUGAACAAAGUACUGACCCGCCUGGGGGUCGGGGGUGACUGGCAAUUCGUGGACGUGCUGGGGUUGGAAGAGGAGUCUUUGAACUCCGUGCCAUCCCCAGCCUGUGCGCUGCUUCUACUGUUUCCCCUCACUGCCCAGCAUGAGAACUUCAGGAAAAAACAGAUUGAAGAGCUGAAGGGACAAGAAGUUAGUCCUAAGGUGUACUUCAUGAAGCAGACCGUAGGCAACUCUUGUGGCACCAUUGGCCUCAUACAUGCAGUUGCUAAUAAUCAAGACAAACUGAACUUUGAUGAUGGGUCAGUUCUGAAACAGUUUAUUUCUGAAACAGAAAAGCUGUCUCCUGAAGACAGAGCAAAGUGCUUUGAGAAGAAUGAGGCCAUUCAAGCAGCCCAUGAUGCUGUUGCCCAGGAAGGCCAAUGUCGGGUGGAUGAUGGAGUGAACUUCCAUUUCAUCCUUUUCAACAACGUGGAUGGCCAUCUUUAUGAACUUGAUGGACGAAUGCCAUUUCCUAUAAAUCAUGGGUCCACUUCAGAUGACUCAGUACUGAAGGGGGCUGCCGAGAUCUGUAGACAGUUCACAGAACGUGAGGAAGGAGAAGUUCGUUUUUCUGCUGUGGCCCUCUGCAAGGCUGCCUGAUGUCCUCACAGGAAGGAUUUAAUUCACUUCUUUCCUCAGCUUUAAAGCACAUGCCUAACAGUGCAGUCAAAGAUGCUUAAAUACUUAUGACACAGCUGUUGUAUCUUUUUGGUUCUGCAGAAUUGCUCCUGCCCUAACCACACCCAAGUAAUGUCAGAGCUUAACUUUUAAGUUUUGAAAAAAGUUUGAUAGAAACUCUUAAGACAUUGCAUAUAUGUCUGAGGGAAUUUCCCCUCCCCCCCUUCCCUGGCCUCAAUAUUGUGAUGUCUUCUGCCCUGAGGAAUAUUUAAUGCUUUCUAUAGCUAGUUUAACUUGUGCCUGUAACUUAAGCCCCUGGUUGUGGUUUACAUGUACCUGAUAGAAAAGAAUAAAAGUUUUCUGCUGAUUUAAAA